GGGGAGCGCAGUGGGCACGAUGGCAGGCAUUGGCACGAAGAGAGGAGCGGGGAGGGGCCAGUGAGCUGAAAUGAGUUGGGGCCUGUCGGACUGUCGUUGUCGUUGUCGCCGCUGACAGCUGAGGCCGUGGGAAGAGUAAGUAGAGGCACCUUCGGCCCCCACCCACUGCAGUCCACAAUUCUCGCUCUCCGCAACUCCGAUCUACCACCUGGAUGUGCAUGCCCGCCCUCCCCUCUCCUCUCUUGCUGUCCGUGUGUGCAUAAUUAGGCCCCGCCCAGAGUCGGUGGUGUUGGUGAUCCACAAGGACCGCAAGGCAACAGAACCGAGAGCAGAAUCGCUCUCAGAGAGAAGAGGGAGAGGCGAGGUCUGCGGCCCGAGUGGGCAGAGGGAGAAUUGAAGCAAGAGGGGAGGGGAGGGGAGUUGAAUUGAUAGAGGCGAGGGGUUCUUUUCUGGGAUUUUGGUGCUGCUGCGAGGGCGAUUUGUGCGGGCUGCCGGGCCGUACUCGGGGUAGCCCCUUCUGAUUCUGAUGGUGGUAGCAGCAGCAGCGGCAGCGGAGCGAGGGCGGAAGAAGGUUUGAGCAUUUGUUGGUUUCCGGGCGCGGUGCGUACCGGGAGUGAGUGAGUGAGUGAUUGGUGUGGAGUGCCAAUGGGAGUCCGAUAGCUGGCUCUUCGAUCGGUGAGUUCUGGUUCUGGCAUGGUGCGGCGCACUUGAAGCAAGAGCUCGAGGAGCUUGCACAAAUGUGGAGGCCGGAUUGUGCCUCAGCAGCUGAUCGAGCCUGAUCGGUUUGGGUUUGAGCGAUAGAGAGAGCGAUAGCGAGAGACAUAGAGACAGAGAGAGAGAACGAGAGGGCAAUUGUUGUGGAGUGAAGCGGAAGAGUGAGAUCGUAUCGAUCGGAGAAGCGCGGGGGAGCAUUGCGAUAGCGAUGGAGAAGGUGUGCCAAUUGUCGAUCGAGGUGGAGGACGAAGCGGAAGUGGAGAAACUGGAUUGGAAGGAGACGAUCAAGAAGGGCUUGUCGCUGCAGGAAGUGGAUCUAGAGUCGGGGAAGAAUGGGUGGGGCUCGCCGCCGGGCUCGUAUUUCAAUGUGCGGGCGGCGAAUUACUUCGUCAAGCGGAUGAAAUGCCCGGCGGGCGACUCGCUGCUGAAGCCGCUGGGAGUGGACUGGUUGAAAUCCACGGGGAAAUUGGAGCACGUGAUGGCGCAUCCGGGCAACCUCGUGCGGCAGGUGCUGGACAAGGCGCAGGAGAAGGGCGAGGCGCUCAAGUCGUUCAUCUUCGCGGUGAAUUUGCAGAUCCCUGGCAAGGAUCACCACAGCGCGGUGUUCUACUUCGUGACGGAGGAGCCCAUCCGGCAGGGCUCGCUGCUCUACCGAUUCAUCCACGAGGACGACGCCUUCAGAAACAGCAGGUUCAAGCUCAUCAACAGAAUCGUGCGCGGCCCGUGGAUCGUCAAGGCCGCGGCGGGCAAUCACGCGGCGUGCUUGCUGGGGCGAGCGCUCACCUGCCACUACGUCAAGGGGCCCAACUAUUUGGAGAUCGAUGUGGACAUCGCCUCGUCCACCGUCGCGAACGCGAUCCUGCACCUGGCGCUCGGCUACGUGACGUCGGUGGUGGUGGAUUUGGCCUUCCUGGUCGAGAGCCAGGCCGACGACGAGCUGCCGGAGAAGCUGUUGGGGGCAGUUAGGGUCGCGCACAUGGAAAUCUCCUCGGCCUCCACGCUGGAGCUGCUCCCCGAGACGCCCUCCUCCGACAAGUGCCAGACGCCCACAUUCCAAUUAGGCGGCCUCUCGUGGCGCAAGCUCGGCCGCAGCUUCACCUUCGGCAAGGCCGGCAAGGUCGACGCCGAGGAGGACGCGAGCUGAGCAUCAUCAUCCUAAUCCUAAUCAUCAUCAUCAUCAGCAGCAGCAGCAGCCGCAGCCCUCGAGGCUCACGAGCGACGAGCGCAUUGCGUCUCCGGAUUGGGUCCUCAUCCUUCUCCUCCUAAAUUGGCGAUGGACGAGCUGCCGGGCCACGCGCUAACUAAUCUCACUCUCCCCCGCCCGCGUUUCCGUAAUCUCGGAGCUGGCGCCGGCGACUGAGACCUCCAUUAUAUUUCUGUCACCUGUCACCUGCCACGAACUCCUCCCUGAUCGAACGAUCGAUCGAUCGAUGAAUUUGUCGUCGAGAAAGGCCGGAGAUUGCCUCCGUGCAAAGCGGGCGUGGUUUAGUUACGAUUGAUUCGGUUUAGUUCAGAGCAGAUCAGAUUAGAUUAGAUUAGAUCAGAUCAGAUUAGAGUAGAUUAGAUUAGAUUAGUGUAGGCGAGUCCUGUGUAUUGGAGUUAGUAGCGCACCGAGAGUCGCCCUGGGCUCGAUGAGCGCGAAUGCAUUUGCCUUCUGAGAAAGCGAGCGAGCGAGCGAGGGGAGAGGAGAGGAGAGGAGCGAUACAUUCCGACAAGGAUUCGAACUGAUGGGUAUGGCAGGACCAACCGACUGACGACGAGCAAAAGCUCUGGAUUCCUAGCGACCCGAGUUCUCUGCGGGAGCUGAUGUACAUAGCCCACGAAGGCUGCUCCCCGUGAAGGGUCAGUUCUCUCGCACGCCCGCCCGCGCGCCCGUCCGGAGAGAGCUUACUAUCUCCCGGACAUAUGUAAAAAAAAUUGCCCCUUUACGUGGCCAUUUGCACUCCAGCCCCCUCCCUCUCGCUUGCAUGGCGCAUGACUUGAUUGCACACUGUCACCACUGUCGCUGCAGUCGGGCCGGCCAUUGGCACGAGAUGCGCUCGAGCCUCUUGGCAGGACUCUGCUUUUCUGGACGGUGACUGGCUUUCGCACGACCGCCUCUGUGGCUGGUGCUAUGCUGCUGUGCUGCCCGUCAGGAGCUUAAAGACGACAGAGCUGGUGGGAAAUCGGUUGAAUUCGCCCACGGUCGUGAGUUUGCCCGUGGGAGGAUCGCUCCAUACAGUGCUCUCUGACAGGAUUUUGGACCUGGAUUUCGUCCGCUGAGAAGUGAAGUUCUUGGUUAAGCGAAUAGAACGACGUUUGACAAUUUACCUGGCUCUCAAAGUAGCUGUCCAACUUGGCUCCCUCGCCAUACCCAGCAGAGGCGUGCAGUGUGCCUACACUCGAAGGGGGGCAGCGUCAGUCUAUAAAUGCCAUUGUCAAUUUCUUCCAAGACUUUGAAAAGCCUUUCCACAAUGUGUCACCAACAUUGUUACCUUAUUCAUUCAGUUAUCAACUAGCUGUCGGGAAGAGACAGUUUCAGUUUCACGAUAUCUUUUCAUUUUUUCUUGAAUUAAAACCUUCUCAUCUAAAAUGUAAAUCGAACAAGUACAGUUACAUGGCAAAAUUCUUCAUUUGGAG